AUGGGCGACAAGUUUGAUAUGCGGCUACUGAAGCGGUCUUUGGGCGAGACGAGAAGGAGCCGAUCCAUUAAAACUCUAUAUGGGGACAAAGCAUGGGUUGAGGAUUUAGAUAUCGUCAAUGAGCUUGGGGCUCACACCGGCUGCGUCAAUGCCCUUUGUUGGUCGACAAGUGGCAACCUUCUGGCUUCUGGCUCCGACGAUACCUAUCUCAACAUCUGGAACUACAAUCCACCCGGAGGUGCAAAACCUUUCUCGCUGAACACAAGUGUCAGCACCGGUCACCGUGCCAACAUCUUCUCGGUCAAGUUCAUGCCCCACUCGGGCGACCACACCGUGGUCACUUGUGCCGGAGACUCCGAGGUCCGUGUCUUCGAUCUGGAAUACGGUGGUGCUGCAAGCCAGAGCAGUUCGAGCGAUGCAAGCACAAGAAGUCGGAGACUCAACAGCUUCUUUCGGGACGCGAGGUGGCUGAAUGAAGGGAAUACAAACUGUCGGGUGUAUCGAAGCCAUGCAGAUCGCGCGAAGAGAAUCGUGACCGAGUCCAGCCCAUACCUGUUUUUGACAUGCUCCGAGGAUGGCGAAGUCCGUCAAUGGGAUCUCAGGCAGCCGUCAUCAGCAUAUCCUGCUCCCCGUGGAGGUCGUGGCUUCGCGCGACGUCACGCGGGAACCGAGAGCGACAGCGACGACGCACCCCCUCCCCUCAUCUCCUACAGGAGAUACGCCCUAGAUUUGAAUAGCAUCUCCUGCGCGCCCAGUCAGCCACAGUACAUUGCGCUUGGUGGGGCUCAUCUUCAUUGUUUCUUGCACGACAGGCGCAUGCUCGGUCGAGACCUGGACGCUGAGAAGGGUCAGCCUGCUACUCGCAGACCUGCCGUCGGGACUUUCGAAGACGAGGCCAUGGCUGAAGCCACCAGGUGUGUCCGACGAUUUGCCCCAAACAACAAGCGCAAGAUGGGACCUAAUGAUCAUGGUCACAUCACGGCCUGCAAAAUCAGUGACGCCAAUCCCAAUGAUCUGGUGGCCUCUUGGUCCGGAGAUCAUAUCUACAGCUUUGAUAUCGUCAAAUCCCCUGAUGCGAGGGAAGCUGAUGCUCGAGCCGACGACGAGUUUCAGGCCAGUCGGCUCAGAAACCGCUCGGACCGCAAGAGGAAGAGGGGGAAGCCGAAUGCUUCCUCCAGCAGUCUUGGUGAUUCGGCCAAUCCUAGCAGACGUCUACGGAGGGUUCCGGAUGAUCGCUCAGAAGAGGGUCACACUGUGCUCCUGGCGAGGUUUGCCGACGGAGACACUGAGACGAUCCCCUUCCCUCCCAGAAUGUCCGAGCCUGCGGCUGAAUCACCCUCAGCUCAUGAGCUCUUGCUUUCAGAAGCUCAAAGAUCGAGUGAACGAGUGGCAAGAUCACUCAUCCAGCUCCGCAAAACCUUGUUCGAUUUCUCUGCCUCGUUGAGCGCCGAUGCUUCUACAUCCAUGGAGGAAUCUCCAGACCUAACUCCCCAUACAGCAGCGUUUACUAGUGCCCUUGGCCAGUGUGCUUCGCUACUCCCUCAAAUGGAUGAUAUCAUCCGCACGUGGUCCUAUCCAAUCAACCCGAGUGAGGAAGAUGUUACUCUACAAAACGCGUUGAGGAGAAAUCGACAGUCGAGCUGGCGUUUUGUGCAAGCGGCUGGCUGCUUAGCGCGAGCCCUUGGUGGUCGUUUGCAGAGUCUCAGUUCUGGCCCAGACGUCCGGCUUGCGCAAUUCGAUCAGAUCAAGCCUGCUGCUCACGAAGGUAAGAACAUCCGCAAGGAGUCGAGGUUUUGUUACGACUUCCUGAAGGCGAUUCUGCUAUGGUUAGAUGGUGGGCAAUCAGCAGUCCUGCAAGGAUUCAAGCGGCCACCUAAUGUGAGUGCCGAGAGUCCUCGAUUCCCUCUCGAUCAAGAGGACACCGUACAAAACUUUGUCCCCAAAUUGGAAGCCUAUCUAUUGGACGUUGCAGAUGACGAGACGCCGAUCGUGGACCUCGAUACAAACCGUUUCGAGCGAGAUGAGACUCGUCUUGUCUUUCAGAGUCAGAAAUCAGCUGUACUAGCGUUCACGAGAGCCCUCGGCAGUAUUGAGUUAGUGGCCAGCCAAGGUAUGUCUGAGACUCGGGCCGACCCUUCGAGCCCCAGUACGACAAUACGUGUGAUGGACAAGGGUGCGGCGGCGAGAUUCUGGGGGGUCAAAGUAGGCCGCUCACUGCUCAUGCGUGCUGCGGAAGGGGUCACCUUCGACUUUGUAAAUCGAGCAUUUGGGGGAUUGAGACUCCAAUUGGCCAGUUCGGACAUGGGAGAUGAACGGUCACAAGAAGAAGUUGACCUGGACGAAGAGGAACGAAUCGUUGAAGCUAUCGAUAUUGUGAGAACUACAGCCGUAUCUGACAUACCAGGCGGAUCGACCUAUGGAGAUGCUCAGCCAGAAGAAUCAUCGACGGGAUCUCCCCAAACUGCUCGUGAGACCACCGGAGGAUCCAGUCAGGCGGAUGUUGAAAUGAGCACACCCCUUACCGUCCAUAUCGAGGAUGCAGACGAAGACGAACAUGGUCAAGUUCCGGAUGCAGAUGAACACGAAGACAACAACGAAAACGAAGAUUCUGAAUCAGAGGGUACAGGAUCCGAUGAGGAUGACUUCUGGGAAGAGGCUUCGGGAAGCAUCCUCUUCCGAAGACGGCUGGGGUCUGCGAGAUCUCGUGAGCGAGCGUCCGUGAACCUUCAAGUCCCCUAUUCGUCUCAUACCAAGGUCUACAAGGGUCAUUGCAAUACGCGUACUGUCAAGGAUGUGAAUUACUAUGGUCUAAAUGAUGAGUACGUUGUCAGCGGUUCGGACGACGGGCAUUUCUUUAUUUGGGAUAGAAAGACUUGCAAGAUUCUGAAUAUCUUAGAAGGAGACGGCGAGGUUGUCAAUGUGGUUCAGGGUCAUCCAUAUGAGCCUAUGAUUGCCUGCAGCGGCAUUGACAGCACGGUCAAAAUCUUCGGGCCUGGAGGCGAUAGUCGGGAACGCGAGGCGGCAGAGAAAGGAAUCGACAUUGCCAAUCCCGGAGGAAGUGUGCAUUCCUCGCUCAGAUUUGGGGACACCGCCAGGGCCACGCCAUCCAGGGGACUCAGAAGCCGGCGGGCCAUGCACCGCAGCUACGAGAUUACUAGUCAGAACGAUGCGGAACGGAGGCGCAGCGCGGGAGACACCUUGGUCACGGAGGGGAUGCUCGCUAGAUUCGCACUGGCACUUCAGCGGGGCCAUAUACAAGCGAUUGGAGGGCCAGGCUUUGAAGGGACAGGCGGCACUAUAGUGGUGGAUGACAAUUGUUCUGUCAUGUGA